AUGCAGGAAGACCUAGGAAUUCUUCCGAAUGAAAUUAGAUGGAUCACUGUAGGACUUAAACGAUUUGCUUCUGAUCACUACUGCUUGUGUUUUUCAGAUGUUGGUGAUGCAGCAGAUAAAAUUAAUUUAAUACCUCAAGACUUUUUCGCAGAACUGUGUGAACAAAUAAUUCAGCAUCUGAACCAUAAGAUCCCAGGUGUAAAUACCGCUGAACUGUGUCAGAGAAUUCAAACAUCUGGGAUUGAGCUUAAUGUUGGUGACCUGUCGAAAAUAGCUAACAUUGUUUCCUUUCUAUUUAGCACGGCAGCCAGAAACCAUCUCUCUACAGAAGAACUCAUCACCACCUUGGGCAAUGCAGUCAGCGCGCUGCCUAAACAUGCUGUUCAAGUUAUCCGUCAUGUAUGGAACGAGCAGGGCAAAUCCAUUAGUGAAUCAGAAGAUGCAAGAAACAUGGCCACAGUGGGGCAGUUUGUAGAUCUUAAAUGGAAACUGGGAGUUGCAAUGAGCUCUGAUGCCUGUAGGUCUCUGAAGUAUCCUUACGUUAUGGUGACGCUAACAGUGGCAGAUCCUUCAGGACAAAUAACAGAUAAAUCUUUUGAGAUGACCAUCCCACAGUUCAAGAACUUCUUCAGACAGUUCAAGGAAAUGGCAGCCGUUCUUGAAACAGUGUGAAAAGAACUUCUAUUUACACUGAAAUUAAGGACAGACUUAAAGCAAGUAAAUUUUUCGUUCUGCAUACUGUUGUACAGCAAGGUAUGUAUCCUUGGUCUUUCCAAUGGGCAUUUGUCAGCAUCGUCCUUGCACUGCUGUGAAGAUGUCUUCACUUUUGAAUACUUGAAGCCAACUCUGCAGUGCUUAUGCAAACAUGUUCAGCGUGUUUUCAUCCUGGUAGACAGAAGAUCAGGAUGUGUGUGGAGAAGCUGUGCUGUAGACUUUCUAAUGUCCAAGAGUAAGAAACUACUCAUUUAACUCUGGAGUGGGGAAAGAUACCUGAAAAUGUUGGCUGAGAAGAUACUGAGAGAAGUGUAAAUCCUACAUUGACACUUCUGUCUGUAAAAUCAAGAUGCAGGUAGACUCGACAAUAGUAUUAAUUAUAAGGAGUAUAUGAAAUUACAUGUAACAAGUAUACAGCAUUCUUAAAGAGUAGCAAUGUCAAGUAGUUAGUUGCAGGUGUCUGCAGACCUGGCUUCCACUCUUCUUUUAAUAACCGGAGAAUAUACUUCUCCUAAAUUUCUCACCACUUAGGAUUAUAAAAACGGAGGUAAUGCAUUAAACUCUCCAAAAUUUAUUCUCUGAGAUGAAGCCCAGAGUCUUAAUUUUAAAUAGAAGUAGAAAGAUUAAUUUAAUCAAAAACAUUUCUAUAUAUUUUUGCCUUUGCACUUAAUCCAACUCUAAUCUGCUGUACUCUGAUGUUUUGAUCAGCAGUCUGUUAUCUAAUUAAAUUAGAAUAUCAAUAUAGUUACCUCAGUCUAAGAUGUGAUCUAGAAAAAUCAAGAGGAAUCUUGAAAAUUCAGGCUGGCACAUCAUAGAAAGUAACCCACUAGAAGCUGGGAAGAUUUCCUCAGCUUUAUUUUAUGGCAGCAGUCCACUGGACUGUGUUGCAUGUGCUUGCCCUCAGAGAAUGCUCUAACCUGCAAAAUUUCAACUUGGGUUCUGAAGAAUGGGGGCAUUUCCAAAGGAAAUGAUAGAUCUGUCUGCUUGCAUGCAGACAAAACAAAGUGUAAAUACAGUGGGAUGCAAUAGAAACAGUACUGUUGCAUUUCAAGAUGUGUUGCUGGUGGAGCAGAGCAAGUAAAUACGAAAAGAAACAAUUCAUGCUAAUAAACAGACCGAAGUUUAUGCUGCGGCUUCAGAAUGAUGGAGACAACCAGUUUUGCUGAGACAGAUCUUCAAGUGAUUUCAGACCUCCUUGAGAGUAUCUACUUUUCUAACUCACAUUUUUUAAUUAACACUUUUAGAAGCUGUUUGAACAUCAUGCAGGUUAUGCCUGCCUUUGUCUUGUGAAAAUGUUCAGCACAUAGUUUCGCACUGCAGUCCUUUCAGCAGAGAGAGAUACACUCCCACUCUGGGCAUUAUGCGUGGUGCAUGAAAACAGGCUUCUCAGCAGCUUCCAAGUACUUAGUGAAACAGUGUUGGAUUUAACAAAAGAUAAUAAAAACUGUGAGCUGUGACUAUUGAUCUGGAUGAUACUGCUUUUGUGCUGUUGAAGUCUGAGGUGUUUGCUUUGUGGCUGGGGAGAGUGGACCGCUCUUUUCUGGUAUGUAGAAGCUUCAGGCUGCUUAACUGAAAUAUUUUGUCAUUUUGGCCUACUGAAUUAAUUGGUUUACAUCAAUAAAAGAAUUCCAGAAAAAUAAAUACUAUUUUAAUAAACCCAGAGCCUUACAAAUUAUCCCCACCUGUUUUAAUGCACUUAAGUUCUUCAUGGAGCUGGUAGUAUUUGUGCCUUCAUUAAAAAUGGGUGAAAAAGAAAACUGAAUUAAUCAUGUCUUGACUUGUAGAAACAACAAUUUAGUAGACACUAGAAGGUAAUGAGGAAACUUUCAGUUACCAUUUUUGUUUGAUUCAUUACCAAGAGGAGAAAGCCUUUCAGAAGUCUAAUUUGCCUUUUAUUGAGUCAAAUAUUGUAGAAAUACUAGGGAACGUUUUCAAAAUGUCCCUGGACUCCAGCAUGUUGUAACUCUGGCUGGAAGUUGCCUGGACAUGUGUGCUAUAGUAGUUUACUGUCUUGAGAAUUUUAAGAGAUUUGUGGACAUCUGGGAGAGGUGAUUAAAUGUUGGGUAUGUACUCAGACUUCUGAGUCAUCCUGAUCACUAUCACUUGGAAGUUCUGUACUGAGCAAUGGUAAAAUUAAGUACUUUAUUAAGAAAAAAGAAGCCACAAAAACAAACCAGCCAACCCAAAAGCCCCAAACCAAAACAAAAAGACAGCCACAAAAAAAUCCAAGCAAACAAAGUAAUUAAUGUUUGUCAGGAUAGCAAAACUAACAUGUUCAAACAAACUGCUGAAUUAUUUGUAUGUGCAGCAACCGCAUCUUUUCAAAGAGAAUCAAGAGUCCUUGUGUGUUCCUAAUUCUGCUUGUUAAUUGAUACAAAAUUGUGUAACAUCAGUUAUUUUUGUAAGUCCACAGUCAUUAAACAUAUAGGUAACAAAGAUGAAGAUGGUCUGUGUUUUGUUUUAAGUCUACUGCAUGAAAGUCUUGUUUCAUAAAUACUAUAAUGGGUAAAGGUCAGGGCUGGACUAUUACUAAACUUCAUUCUUUAUUAAAUUAGGAUGAAGUUCAAGCAUAUGU